AUGGUGCAUGCUUAUAUCUGGGAGGGGGAUGAGCCAGAAGAGGUUCUUCCUCCCCAAAUAUCUGCACCAUUUGUGCAUGUGUCUGCUCGACUUGAAGUACCUCCGGUUCUAACCUGCGCUGCCGCCAACCUCUGGAACUUUUCCUGCGGUGGGAAGGAUUUCUCCAACCUGAAUGAUCUCCAAGCACUCGUAUCAUUCACUGGAACCGAGUCAGAAUCAUGGUUUCUUGCUGGUGGCGUUGCCAUUGAAGCAAUAGGAGCUAGGGUUGUACAGCCCAUGCUAGAAGCAUUACAAGCCAUAGAGGCCCGAGAUUAUGUGGUCAUUAUCAAGGCCAUGGAUGCAUUGAAGCAAUGUAUCGAUGACUGUACAGCUUCGCUAGCGCGAAUGUACGAGAAAUGUGAUCCCAUGACCUUCUGUCAUCGAAUUCGGCCAUUUUACGCCGGCGGCAAAAACAUGGAAAAUGCAGGCUUACCAAGAGGCAUCUUUUACGACGAGGGCAAAGGCAAUGGUGGAUGGAAAAAAUUCCAAGGCGGAAGCAAUGGUCAGAGUGCACUUAUUCAGUUUUUUGACAUAGUGUUGGGUAUCGAACAGAACGACUUGACCAACACGAAGCGGGAAAAUUUCCACGCAGAGGCGCGGGAUUACAUGCCUGGUCCACAUCGACGGUUUCUAGAAUAUGUCAGCGAUAUGGGUAGCAUACGGGAGCUGGUUUUUGCGACGACACCAAUUUCAGAUGAGCAGCAUCACCUCAAAGCCGCAUAUAUAGCUGCAACGGAGGCGUUGAGCAACUUCCGCAGCAAGCAUAUCCAGGUCGUCACGAGACUGGUUACCCUACCAUCAAAGAAGGCGUCGGGCGUAAACGAGGUUGGGACAGCGGGAACGUCUAUUCUGCCUUUCUUGAAGAAUGUAAGGGAUACGACAAUAGCGGCAGGGCGAGGCCAAUAA